UUCACACUGCUGUCAUUGCACACGUCUGCACUGCACUCCCCAACGUCCUGCUGGGGAUGCAUGGGUACAGUAGCAGGGUACAAUUCCAAUCCCACAGCAGUUUUGUUCCAACAAUACACACAGGGGUAUUUAACUGUUGCCCUAUUCAGUUCAGUUGUGACACCUAACCAGUAACUUCCAUUGGGAACCAUUUCAGGAGGCAACUUUUUUUCUCUAAGGAAGCUCUCCUGCAGGACCUGGAAAACUUUGUAUGGCUGUGUUGAACUGAAAUAACAGGGUCUUUAUCCCGCAACAAAUCCAAGUUCACAGUGGCUCCUAGAGGAGACAAAUGACUUCAGGAAUGCGCUAACCCCAAGCACGGCAGAGCACCUGAUAAAUGGAUGCUGUGCAAGCAGAGAGCCCAGUGCGCACCCACUGAUCCGCCUUCCCAACCAGCUGUGGGGAAUCGUCCUAGUCACACACGGACUGGUGGCAGCGACAGCCCGGCACCACCGCCCGGCCCAGCCUCUGCCGGCUGCUUCAGAGCCCGUGGCGGGCUCCCGGGGAAGGCCGGGUUCUUCUGGUUACGGAGCGUGAGGAAGCGGACAGGCGCCAAGACCCUCGCAGGACCCUCGGAGCGGGGCUGCUCCGCGGGGGCUGCGCUGCCUGCCGGUGCCGCCGCCGGUGCUGCGGGCUGCCGCGAGCUGGAGGCCCUGACGGAGCCCCCCGAGCAGAUCCGCGCCCGGUCCCUGCUCGCCGAAACCAGCGGCCACCGGGACCGACAGCGCGUGCGCGCCUUCCGCUGGCCCGUGACGUCACGCGCGGGGCUCGGCAUUCCUCCGUAUCCGCCUGGUUCCCGCGGGGAUCGCCGAAUAAUCGCUACUACGCACCCGCCCCGCCGGGCGGAAGAGUUCUCGUUCACUGCUCUGAUGGCUCUGCCACCUCCGGAUCCACAGUUUGUGCUCAGAGGUACCAGUGCUGCUGUCCACACUCUGCAUUUUUCCUGUGGAGGUCCAGAACCUGAUGCUCCCCUUCUUUUCUCUGGGUCUGAGAAUGGGUUUAUCCAUGUCUGGAACCUGAAAACACACAGAGUGGACACAGCAUUGGAUGGCCAUGGAAGAAAAUCUGUCUGCUUCGUGGAGACAAUGGGUGGUAAAGACUGGCUUCUCAGUCAGGGGCGAGACCAGAGGAUCUGCUUGUGGGAUUUAGCAGAGGGACGGACUUCAGUGACGGAUUCUGUCUUCACGGAGCAUGUGGGAUUCUGCAGAUGCUCUCUGUUACAGGUGGCGCAGGGACGCUGGCUAAUGGCCAUGGCAGCCAGAAGCCUGGAGGAGGUUCAGAUUUUGGAGCUGCCAUCCAAGACGUCAGUCUGUACCUUGAAACCAGAGCUCAGCUGUGGUUCACAGCCUGUGCUUCUGGCUGGCUAUGAAGAUGGAUCAGUUGUCCUCUGGAAUGUGUCAACGGGAAAAGCGUUGAGCCGACUCACUUGCCACCAGGAGCCAGUGAUGAGCCUUGACUUUGACUCAGAGAAGGCCAAGGGGAUCUCAGGCUCAUCUGAAAAGGUGCUUAGCAUCUGGAGCCUCAAUGAGCAACAGAACCUCCAGGUUUACAAAACACACGAACUUGUCAAUGCUGGCAUAUCUGAUAUCACCAUCCGUCCAGACAAGAAGAUUUUGGCAACAGCAGGGUGGGAUCAUCGCAUCAGGAUCUUUGGGUGGAAAAAGCUGAAGCCCUUAGCAGUGCUGGACUAUCACACAGCAACCGUCCACUGCGUGUCCUUCUCAGAUCACAGCAGCCCCCCGGACAGACUGCUGGCAGCUGGCUCCAAAGAUCAGCGCAUCAGUGUCUGGUCCAUAUAUGCUCAGACAUGACACAUCCUGCACUGCCAUGGACUAGGAAAACAGGACUGAUGAAGCAAUUCCUAGCGCUGUAAUUCAAACGUGCAUGUGGGGAACUGGUAGAAUCUGUCUCAAGGCUGAAGUGAGAGUCCUAGGUUAAUUCUUAUGCUGCUUGUUUAAGCUAUAAAUUUUUUCUUACAUAGAGGAAAAUGGAUUUUUAAAGUUCAUAACAAGCAGAGCAAGGUCAGUCACAAACAGAGACCAAAGUUGCUUUGGGUUCUGCUACAGGUUUUGCAACACCUUUCCUUUGGCAGGUUGCUGACAAAACUUGUGCCAAUAUCUUUUGUAAAAAUGGACUGGAAUCCCUCAAACUGCAGUGGGGGCAGAAUAUGUCUGUUUGUAAGUCAUUUAUGUAUCCAAGAAUCUGAAUCAGUGUAAAACAUCACUCUUCCUUGAAAAUUUAUACCCAUUAAACCACCUCCAGUGGUUUCUCAUUGUCAGUUACUUUUUCUUCCCCGCAACUGAAAGGCUAUCAGAACACCCUUGAUUUGUUCACACUUCUGUCAGUUUCUAACUUAAACCAACAGCCAGGAAUGUGACUAGGGAUGGCCUUCGGCAUUUAUGAAUUUCAUUAUGUCUCCUGUCACCUCAAGCCUCACAAUUAAUCACAAGAAAGAAAGGAAAAAAAACUUCCCCAACAUUGCACUGCAAAGCUAUGUAAAGCCUUUUACAGAGCCAGUGCUAAAUCCUUUCCAUAGACUGAUGAGCUGAAGGAUUUAAACUCGACAAUCCAAUUAGCGCCCUUCUCCUUGGAGAGUCAGGGCUGAGUUUUCAGCGUGGAAAGUCGGGAAUUCAGCUGCACAGCUCCCAUUAACAUUUAGGGGAAUCACAUGGGUAAAUCCUUAUCCACCCAGUGCAAAUGGUUCCAUUAACUUGUCAUUUCUACAGUCAUGGAAACUGAAAUUCAUUCAUGAAAGUUUUUUUGUUUGCCUCACAAAGCAGCAUUUGCAUUCUUCUAAAGCAUAUUAGACACACACCAGUGUGCUGAGAGCCAGGGUACUGCUGGAUUCCAUCACAAAGCUGCAGUGACAACUGUGUCCAGGCUGUACACUGUUGAUACUUUAUUGGAAAUAAUUGUUUCUGCUCUGUAGAGAGGUGGAAAUCAAAGAAAAAGUGACCAAAAGUGAACAGCAACAUCAAAGACUUUGAAAAUUAUUUCAAGAAAAACACACAUGCAAAUUAAGGUUUGGGUCUGUUAUCCAGCUGUGCCUUGCAGACAGAGAAUAUUGCUGGAUUGAAAGCCUUAAGCACCCAGCCUGACGUUCUUUACAUUAAAACACAGAACCAGGAUACUUGUGCUGCCAGGCUUUUCUAACUAAAACGUGGCCAUACACAUUUUAGAGUGUAGUGACACUUUAAAUAAUGCAUUUCUUUGAUUAUUUCUUUACUACUCAGUAGCUGCUUGGAGGAUCACAUUGCAGUUGAAAGUUAAAGCCUAAUUUUGAGUGAUCCCGAGUCAAGGGGAGGUGAUGGUGUUCAUUACAUCUACCAGACAGAGUUGCACUUCUCCACCCAUUAUCCACCUCCCACACAGAAGAGGAGCUGCCCCCACUGUGCAAGCAGCUCCAGCCUCAGCCUUGUGGAACGAGAUGCAGUCACCUUCCACAAACCUGCUGCUGGAAGAAAUCUUUUCUUUUGCUCUUUUUUCCCUUUCUCAAAGUAGGUCAGAAUUGACACAAAGAAACAAAUAAAUAAAGAGAGAAUGUGUUGUUGCAUGUGGUUUGGGGGCCUGUCCUAGGGAGUUUGCACAGAGAUUUCCUUUUGCCUGUGCUGUCUGGUACAACACCACACGUGGCCCAGAAGGUGGCCCAGCAUUCCUCCUCCAUGGCAGCAAACAGCAGCCUGCACUGUUGGGCAGUUUCCACAGAAGUGAGCUGAGGGUUUAAUGCUCAUCCAGCAGGAAAGGAAAUCCAGGGCUCACCCAUCUUGGGCAAAUGGUUAAGUGUAAGAAACAAUUUUUGAUGCAAAUACUCUGGCACUGGAACAGUGGCACCCCUCUGGAAUGAAGGAUUAAUGCCCCAUGCCUCACUGAGAGCAUUAUUAGAUCAGAGGCUGAAAGUUAGGAAUUAAGUGUAUUUUCUCUGAAAAUUGCCAUUUACUGUCAGCAUCUGUAUCUAAAGAUUACUGGGUGCUUUCAUCUAAAUUACUACCUUUUGCUGAGAGUUAAAUAUUUAUGUUUGUCUGAUUAGGUAGAUUUAAAAACAAACUUAGUCAUGCAAGUACAAAUUGAAAAUGAGGAUGUGAACUGCAUCUCAGACACACAAGUGAGAGUUUCAUCAGCUUCAGGAGGAAGGACACAGAUUGCAGGGCUGCUUGCAGGAACAGACCCAUCCUUUAUUUCCCAUUACCAAGGCACUAUCUAUGUCAUGCCUUUUCACAAUACAAUUAAUUCAUUAACACUACUGAUUUUAUCUAAACACCCAGAAAAAAGAUUUUUCUUUCACAUUAUAGUUUCCUUGAAAUGAGCAACCAGACUACACUAGUUUGAUUUAGAGCUGAGCCUAAAUGCUAUAGUUUGAUUGUGAAUUACAGUCUUCUAACAGUUUACUUGCCUAAGGAACUAACCUGGACUUCCCCAAAGAAGAAUGGUUUCCAACAGGAAAGACAGUCUGUAUCAGUAUAGGCUGUAAAACACAAUUGUCUGAUUAUAACUGUAAAAUACAGCUGAUUACAUCUAAGAAAUUAACUUUUUUAAAUUAAAAAAAUAAUUACAAUUGUGCCAUGAGCAUGGUUGUCACUCAAGAUUUCCACUGACUUACUAGCAGAAGGUUGUGAGCGAGGAGCCACCUUAAGGUGCUGGAGUUAGCUCUGAAAUCUCACCUGCCAGAAAGGAACAGGGCUAGCCUGUACCUGGCCUAGAGGAUUCAGGAGUGAAGGUGAUGACAGCUAAAUUAUUACAAAAGGCUUUCCUCCCAAGAAUCACUGUCUUUGGCACCAUGAGAGGGAAGAAAGCAACCAGUAAUAGAAAUAAAUCCCAAACACCAGCAUUUGUGCAGCAAUUACAUGGAAUAUUUAUCACCACUGGAAUGAAUGGGAUCUCUGACCCUCUUAAGAUUAUUUGCAAAUGAAUCCAUUAGUUACAACCCCUUUCUCUUAUCAGUACACGAGCCAUAAAGCACUGCAGUCCUUAGCACAGAUGAACAAGGAAAGAAGAGAUUGUGUUUGUAUUAAUGAGUGAAAAAGGAAGUAAACUGGGGGCAGGUAAUGAGACAGUUGUUAAAUUUAGUCCUUUAGAAUGCAAUAGCUACAGCAAGCCAAAGAAUUACUCUGUAGCUUGACUUGAACUGUUGCAAAGGUUUCAGUUUAAAAGAGCAGAUUUUUAUAGUUAAGCCAAUACUGGCUUCUGGACUGCUUUUCUUUUUAACAUACUUAAGAUGCAUCUACAAAGCCAACUUGCAAAUUAAUAAAUCUUUCCUUUAAUUCAGUCUGUCAAGAACAAAGAUAGAACACUGACUACUGCAGGAGCCAUGUUAGUGAUGUAAACCAAAGGACUGGGGAUUAAACAAGGAUUACUGAGUGCUAAAUCAAUGUGUUUCCUUUUCUGGCUGUGUGUCUGUGGUGUGAAAGUGUGGAUCAUUACAUAAAACAUGGCACAUGACUGCCUGGAUUGAUACCAGGCGAUGCUACGGCAGCGUUGAACACAAAGUUUGAUGUUUAAGCAUGACCAUUGUGCUACCAGGAAAGUAACAGCCAUGACUAAGGAGAAAGGCAAGGAGGUUUCUGCUAAUCCAUAAUAUACUGAAAUUCCAGCCUGGAUCCCCCUGCUAUAGCUUUUCCAAGUAAACUUGGCUGUGUUCAUCUAUGUCCUACUCUUCUGGGGCAUCCUGGAAGUUUCUUUUAUAAUGUGAAGGAAGCUAUCCAGAAUCAAGAUCAUACUGCAGGGUGGGGGGGAAGAUGGCAAUUCAUGUAAGGAUCUCACAGUAUCAAAUUAAAUGAAAACAGAAUCUCUCAGUUGGGAAAUUUUUGUUCGCCUGAUUAGUGGUCUGAACCUCAGCUGUACCUCCUAUCAGCAGUGCUGUGUACUGCUUUAUUCUGACCUCAGAGGAAUUUGAUUUGCAGUUUGGUUUGUAAGAGAAAGAGGAAGUGAGGGGGUAAAUCAAAACAAAGGAGAAACUUGUUCCUCUGAGUUAGGUGAUAGGAAGACUGUGGAAGGUAUGAAGGGCCUUGGAGCAAACCACCAGCAGUGGCCAGAUUGUUCCUGGGAGAGGGACAAGGAUGGCAGGAAGAGUACCUGGCAGAACCAUACAGUGAUAGGUCUGACCUCGAAAACUCAUACACUAACUUAUUUUUGUCUCAGACAUAUUUCCUUUUACUUCCCCAGCAUCCUUUUUUAAAGGUGUCAGCACACUAGGAAAUCCUGUAGACCACAAUCUACACUUCUAAAUAAGCCUGUGUUCACCCAGAGGAGAGUGUAUUUAUUUCUGUGCUCUGAAGAGUCAUAAAACCAGAAGCUGCAGUGCCACAGGGGAUAGCAGUAGGAAGGACUGAGGACCUGAAGCAGCCACGUGAGAAGCAGCCAGAAGAACCACCCUGAAGUAUUAAAAAUUUCCUCACAGGAGAGUGACAUGGCAGUGAAAAAUAAAUUAAUUCUCAGAAUUCUCUGUUACAAUUUGAAGUUCUAAAAAAUAAAAGGGAAUAAAAAAGACUGUUUAAUUUACUUGAGAUUGCAGCUGUUUCCUUCUAAUUCUUAUUCUCAGUAUACAUAAACUAGGGCAGCAAAAAAACACUGAAAUCCUCAGAUGCUUUCUGGACCAGCUCUCUUUCCAAUCAGCGGCAGGAUUGAUUGAUCCUGAUUAUGUCCAGAUCUCGAAAUUUAGUGAGGAUGUUCAGUGCUGAGCCAUUACUCUGCUCCACAGCUCUGGCAUCUCACACAUGCAAAAGUAUAUUUUCCAAGCCCCUAUGGCACUGCUUGCUAUAAACAUGUUCUGACAUAGGUAGGAAGGCAGUGGGUGUGCUGGGCCUAUGGAAUAAUUUUUAACAUGACAGAGAAUGUGGCUGUGGCAUUUGUCCUGAUGGUAAUUUUAAAAAUUGCUGAUACUCAGUGAUUCAUGGAUGCAUUGUUUGCGUUCAUAGAAAAACAUCUAGGCUGCUCUUAACAUAACACUUAGAGUAAGCAGUGUCUGUUCAGAUUUUUUUGCCUCAGAUAUUUUGAUGGCAUGCACACCUGGCAUCCUGCUAAAUAAAGACAUUGAGUUUUUAUAGUUUUAUCUCUUGAGCCCAUCUGGUUUGAAGUCGUUGGCAACAAGCAGGAAAGGGAAUAGAAUGAAAGACAAAGAUUCACUUAGUGUUUGCUGAAAUAAAAGAAAUGUGCAAGGCAGUGCUCAAAUAGAACCAGCCUGGGAGAAGGGCUGCCUCUUCCCUUUCCAGAUGAUGGCUUUGUCUGCAGCCCCUCCACUCUCAUGCUGGUUCUUGCUGCCCACGGUAGGAGCUCACACCCCAGACAAAGGGCAGCUGAAGCAGCCAGGCCAGAGCAUCAUGAAAAGGGACACCAUUGCCCCCUGGAACAAGGAACAGUGAGAGCAUGAAGCAAGUGGAGCAAAACGCAAACACCCACCAUCCAAACUAAAACCAGUGACAAAAGCAACAGUGCUAACACCUCACACCAAGGUGCCUCUGUAAGUUUUACAUGUUGUUUAUUCUGGUUUUCUCUUCUUUUUUUUUCAAUUUAAAGCCCAAGGACAUCAGUCUGAGUCCCUGGGCACCAGUGAGGUCACUCCUGUGAAGGCAGGCACUGAGCACAGCAGGGGCACCUCAGGUGUCCUGCCCUGCCCACUGAAGCACCCACUGGUGUCCAGAAGGAGCAUCAGGGAGGAGGAGGACACUGCAGGAACAUAUUCCCUUUCCUUCUCCAUCUCCCAGAGAACACGAAAAGCUGUUCACAGCAGUGUAGAACCCAGGCUGGAGUGGAUGUUGCAGUCACUCGCUCUCACAGUGCCUCUCUCACAGAGGGGGUGGGAGGCUGUCCUUUGGCAGUUCCAGUUGCACUGGGAGCAGGAGAUGGAAGCUGCUCUACAACCUGGCAGAUGUCACAACAUGGAGCAGUGAGCCUUGAAAAUGUGUAGGGCCUCUUCUAUCUAUGCUGCUCCACCUCCUUAUAGAAUUCAGUCCUAAAUGAGACUUUUCUGGCUCUUGUUCUUAAUCACUUUGUUCAAAUUUAUAAUUUUAACCUAAAUAGAAGUGAGUGAUUUAUUGUAAUUAUUUUGUAUAGGCUGCUCUCAAUAAACUUUUUUUUUUUAAUCUGGAAAAACAUUUAAUUUCCCAUAUGGAAAGAACACAUUUAUCAUACUUUACUUGGAUAUACUUGGCCAACUAUUGCACAUAUAUGCAAAACAUAUGUGACAAAUUCAAGGCUGAAUUUCAUAAAACAGAAAUGCUGUGAAAUGUGAUAUAAUAAAUAUAUUACACAGACAUAUGUGGCCAAUUUAUAAAACUAUGGUAUCUUUGGUAAAUUUAUAAUAGGUCAUUUCUACUAAUGGGAGGGAAUGAGGGCACAUUUUCUGGCAUAUGCAGCACACAUAAUACUUUGUACAGCCCUCCUGAAGGACAGUGGGCCUUUGGAGAGCAGACUUGUACAUGUAUAUACAUUGUGUAUAUGGGACAUGUCUGUGUUUUUCAAAAUUAAUGUGUGUCUUCAAAUCAGCUCUUCCUUUUUGCAUUGAUUGUGUGUGCAACAUACUAGGCAGGAAAAAAAGUAUCAAAUACUAUUCUUUGAGAUUUCCAACCUUUUAUACACUAUCUAGAUUCCCACCGACAAUGGGUGUCCCACUGUAACUGCACAUUUUAUAUGCACAUGCUGAGCUCACAAUAAUGGCAAUAACAGAAAUCUUUGGGUACAGUCAGUUUCACCUAGUUUUGUCAAACACCUGUGUAAAUUAUAUAUCUGAGCAAUCAAUUGAAUUGGAAUAAUUAAAUGAAGAACAAAAUGCUUAUGUUUAGAAAAACGUUGCAUCCAUACACAAGUACUUGCCCCUACACAUGCAGAACGGAUUCUUAAUAACACCAGCUUAAAGCAACGGCUGAGCCAUUGCUGGCUGAGUAUCCUCAAAUUGUAACUCACAGGAGAAUGCUCCUUCUUAUUUAUGCCAGAGUGUUUCAAAGGCGAAAUCUUUCCUUUAACCUCCUAAUCUAUAUUUUCCUCUCGUCGCGUAUUUCCCAGCUCCGGAAGAUGAAGCCCCUCUCGUUUUCCGGGCGUGCCGAAUCCACCGCGUGCCAUGCCCGCCUCUUCCCUCUGGAGGGAGCCGGCUCUUCAUGGAGGGCCGGCCGAGGUGCACGCAGCAUCUUCCUUCUCUUCCUCCUCCUCCACCGCGGCCACCGGGCAGCGAUACUUGCGGGGACCCUCUGAGGUGACCCUCGGGGCACACCGGAGGUGUCCACACAAACGGCGGGGGAGGCCGAAGAACCCGCGGUCUCAACGCGCAGCAGAAUUUGGUUUCACUCCAUCAGGAAACCGAACAACAGAAGGCAAAGCAACCAACAUAUGUAUGUGCACACAAACGCUCUUCUCCCACCCCCACCUUCCAGCCCAGCCGUGUUCAACAGGCUCACGGCAGCUUUUUGAGCUCUUUGGGUAAUGAUGCUGAAACCUGCUUUGCAGGUACUGCUGCGUUUGCUCUUCCAGCCUUCUUCAGGCAGCAGGGCUCAGCUUCUGCCCCCCAGCCCAAACCUGUGGGUGCCUGACUUGUUUCUAGCAGCUACAGAGAUACCUUUACACAGGCAGAACAUUACACAACCUGCUUUUCUUAUUCCACACAAAUCAAGGUACAACAGCUCUUUGGUGAGGGAUCCAGCACCAUAGGCUGAAAUCCACUUGCUGGAGAGAAGGAGGAAUGCUUGGCAGGAAAGGACAGUGCCCCAGCUGAGGUAGCCCUGACCCAUGUAGCUCCACUAGCCAUGGCUCCAUGUAGAGAUGCACUAGAAGCCCACAGCUCAUGGGAGACCCACACUGUCCCCCAGCAGCCUGCUGCACACAGAACACCUUUCUAUACCUGCUACAAUCCUUGGGUCACUCUCCAUCCUGCAAGCCACUGUUACACAAACUGUAGCAGGAAGCCAAAGUAAUUGCUCCCCUGGCCAUGCCCAUGUGUACAUCUGCUGGAGAUUGACUGAAGAGAUGCCAACACCUCAGGAUGCUGAGAGGCAGCUGCUGAGGACUACCUGCACAGUUCCAGCCAGAGAGUUAUAGGGGCUCCCUGAAGAGAAGGAAAGACUAAAAAACACCUAUGAAAUGUGUAAAGAGUGUGCAUGAACACUGCAAACACACAGGAGUUUCAUCCUGAUGCUUCUAUCCUACACUGAAU